UCUAUUUUAAUUCUGAUACCAUUUUUAAUAUCUUCCUGAAAUUAAGCCCCACAUCAUAUGUCAAGAACUCAAUAAAAGCACCUUUUGAGAUCUAACAGCUGUUUAUUUUUUCUUCUUUGUUACUUGACUUGGAAUCAUCAAUCAAACAUCUUUAAUUUUCCAUGAGUGAAUCUGAAAUGACCAUUCCACACUUAUUCAGAUGCCCUAUCAGUUUGGACUUGUUUGAAGAUCCAGUGACUCUAUGCACGGGUCAAACCUAUGACAGAUCAAGCAUAGAGAAAUGGUUAGGUACAGGUAACCUGAUAUGCCCUGUCACAAUGCAGAAGCUCCAUGACCCUUCCAUUGUUCCCAACCACACCCUCCGCCACUUGAUCCACCAGUGGCUUCAACUUGGUCCUCAAUUUCACCCUGGUAACUCUGCAACUAUUGAUUCUCUAGCUGCUUUGAAACACACCCUUCAAUCUCAAGAGGAUGAUACCUUAGAGAACAAGCUCCAAGUACUUGAGAAAAUCAAUGUCUUCUUUUCUGGUGAGUAUAGUUCUUUCAGCAGAUCAUGCUUCGUACAACUUGGUUUUUUGCCUCUGCUCUUGGAACUAGUUUUUGGAGGAGGAACAAUAGAAGAAUCUCAUGUUUUAUCAAAUAAUGAUCACAUGAAAUUUAUAGAGAUUGCACUUGGUUGCAUUGUGAAACUGCUGCAUCUUGGUUAUGAUUUGGACGCUCUAAAUAUUAUCAAAGAUGAUGAGUCUAAAUUAGCAACAUUUGUGGUGUUAUUUGAAAAAGGCACAAUUUCUGUUAAAUCUAGCUUGUGUCAUAUUAUAGAGUCAGCAUCAUCAUCUGAGACAACACAAGAGUUAUGUUAUGUUUUUGGAAACACUCAGAAACUAGUGCAUGAGAUUGUUUUAGUACUUGUUCAAAAUUGUGAUGCUUCUGAGGAUGCAGUUAAGGCCAUUUUAGCACUGUGUUCAUUGAAUUCCAACAGAGAGAGUUUGGUGAGAGAAGGAGCAAUAGAAGGGAUCAUAACAUACAUUUCAAUGAUUUCAUCAUCAUCAGGUAACGAAAUUACUCAAAUUAGAGGACAAAACAAGAAACUUGUGACUUCAAUAGCAAUGGGAAUAGUAGUAAAACUAUUGGAGCUAGAGAGUGGUAGAGAGACAUUGGUGAGUCACCCAAACGGGGUUGAUACUUUGGUGAAGUUGGUGUUCAGUGUAAAAUGUGAUCAAGAUUGCAGUGAUAGUGCUGUUGAGGCACUUUCCAUUGUUUGUGGAGAUUAUAUGAGUGCAAGAGAACAAGCCAUUGGUGCUGGGGUUAUGACAAAGUUGCUGUUGCUUAUGCAGAGUCAUUGUGCCACCACUACUAAAUCAAAGACCAGAAUGCUCCUCAAAUUGCUCAAAUCCAAGUGGAUUCAGGUGCCAAAGUAGGCAUGGAUGAUGUCAAUUGUCAAUGUUAGUUAAUAAUGCGAGUGUUGUAACAAAAAAAGGUAUAUAGUGUGUAUAAUU